GCGCUUGUUGACUGAGAAUCAGCUGAUCUUUUCACCGCCGCUGUUCUGUCCGUUUAAUUCUCUGCAGUUCAUUUGUAGAAGGGCUUUGGAGGUGGAACAUCUGAAUUUGUUCGAAAUAUAUAUUAUAUUAUAUAAAUAAAUAAAAAAGGUUGCAGCCAUGGCGCUCAGCGACGCGGAUGUUCAGAAGCAGAUCAAGCACAUGAUGGCUUUCAUUGAGCAGGAGGCCAACGAAAAGGCAGAGGAGAUCGACGCCAAGGCAGAAGAGGAGUUCAACAUCGAAAAGGGUCGCUUGGUACAGACUCAAAGGCUGAAGAUCAUGGAGUACUAUGAAAAGAAGGAGAAACAGAUCGAGCAGCAGAAGAAAAUUCAGAUGUCGAAUUUGAUGAACCAGGCCAGGUUGAAGGUCCUGAAAGCCCGAGAUGAUAUGAUCUCGGACAUGCUAAAUGAUGCACGUCAUAGGAUGGCAGGCAUUGCCAGAGAUCCAGCCCGGUACUCUGCCUUGAUGGACGGACUGGUGCUACAGGGUUUUUAUCAGCUACUAGAACCCAAAGUGAUGCUCCGUUGCCGCAAGCAGGACUUGGCCUUAGUGCAGGCUGCCAUACAGAAAAACAUUCCCAUCUACAAAGCAACUGUGAAGAACAAUCUCGAAGUGCGCAUUGAUCAAGACAACUUCCUCCCCCCGAAUAUCUCCGGUGGUAUUGAGCUCUAUAAUGCAGAUGGCAAGAUUAAAGUGUCCAACACUCUGGAGAGCAGGCUGGACCUUAUGGCACAGCAGAUGAUGCCUGAAAUCCGGGUUGCCCUGUUCGGUGUGAACCAGAACCGCAAAUUCAUGGAUUAAUCACCUUUCGGUGUGUGUGUAUGCAUGCACGUACGUAUGUAUGUAUGUAUGUAUGUGUGUGUGUGUGUGUGUGUGUGUGUGUGUGUGUGCCGCGUGUGUAUGGGAGAGCUCCCAGGAGCAUUCAGGACCAUGCCAGAAGAAAAGAACCCUAGUGUUUUUGUCUGUUUUUUGGUGUCAAUUUAACUUAUGAAUUGUGUUAAUGAUGUCUUUUGUGAGUUCAUUGUUGCCGUACGAUCGAUCGGCUUUUAGACUCUACGCUUCACGUGUUUACGCGCAACAUCAAGUCCUACUGACAAGUUUGCGUCGUGGUUUACAUUAUUUUUUUUUUUUUUUUUUAUAGUACGCAUUAGAACACUGGUGUUUACAGUUUUAUCCCCCCAUGUUCCAUGCAGUUCACACACUGUGUAAUAAUGUAAAGGAAACUCUGAGAUGACUUAAUUGUGGAAAUAAAGACUGUUCCGUGUCCUA